AGUUGUUUCUGCAUCGAGCAUUGGGCGAGUCGGGUGCUAAUUCUCCAGGGCAGAAUGUGCUGCUUUGCAGUUCCUGUGGGGUUGGCUGCCCUCACCCUCAGCACAUGCUGGGCUCAGCAGUUCAGUUUUCAGCACAGAGCAGCAGCGCCUUCCUGAUGAGGCACACGGACCCUGACUACUCGGCAGCCUACGUUGUCUUGGAGACCGAUGCGGAAGACGGGCUCCAGGGCUGCGGGCUCACCUUCACGCUGGGAAGGGGCACCGAAGUGGUCGUCUGUGCCGUGAAUGCCCUUGCCCACCACGUGCUUCAUAAGGACCUCGGGGACAUCGUUGGCAACUUCCGAGGGUUCUACAGGGAGCUCACCAGUGAUGGGCAGCUCCGGUGGAUUGGUCCAGAGAAAGGUGUGGUGCACCUGGCCACAGCAGCGAUUCUGAAUGCGGUGUGGGACCUGUGGGCAAAGCGAGAGGGAAAGCCUCUGUGGAAGCUACUUGUGGACAUGGACCCCAGGAUGCUGUUAUCCUGCAUUGACUUCCGGUACAUCACUGACGUCCUGACCGAGGAGGAUGCCCUAGAAAUACUGCAGAAUGGUCAAGUCGGUAAAAAAGAAAGAGAAGAUCAAAUGCUGACACAGGGCUACCCUGCCUACACCACGUCGUGCGCCUGGCUCGGGUACUCGGACGACUUGCUGAAGCAGCUCUGCACGGCGGCCCUGGAGGACGGCUGGACCAGGUUCAAAGUGAAGGUCGGGGCUGACCUCGAGGAUGACAUACGCAGAUGCCGCCUCAUCAGAGCCAUGAUCGGACCUGAGAAGAUUUUGAUGAUGGAUGCCAACCAGCGCUGGGAGGUGCCCGAGGCGGUGGAACGGAUGUCCCAGCUGGCCGAGUUCAAGCCGUUGUGGAUCGAGGAGCCCACGUCUCCCGACGACAUCCUGGGGCACGCUGCCAUUUCCAAGGCACUGGUCCCUUUAGGAAUCGGUGUGGCCACAGGAGAACAGUGUCACAAUAGGGUGAUAUUUAAGCAACUCCUACAGGCGAACGCCGUGCAGUUUCUCCAGAUUGACAGCUGCAGGCUGGGAAGUGUCAAUGAAAUCCUCUCCGUGUUACUGAUGGCCAAAAAGUUUGGAAUUCCUGUCUGUCCCCACGCUGGCGGCGUUGGCCUUUGCGAGCUGGUGCAGCACUUGAUCAUAUUUGACUACAUAUCGGUCUCCGCGAGCCUGGACAACAGGAUGUGUGAAUACGUGGACCACCUGCACGAACAUUUCAAGUAUCCUGUGCAAAUCAAGCAGGCCUCCUACGUGCCGCCCAAGGAUGCAGGCUACUCAUCGGAAAUGAAGGAGGACUCCGUAAGGAAACACCAGUAUCCAGAUGGCGAAGUCUGGCAGAAACUCCUUGCUGCUCAAGAAAAUUAAGCAUUCAGGCCUAUUACUCCUGUUUAAAGUAGUGCUACCCACUACCUUUGUUUUAAAAUUUCCUGGCUAGUUUUAUAGAAAUAGAAGUGGGGAAAAAAAACAAAACAAAAAAAUAAACAUCCCAUCAAUCAAGUUCAGCUGAAUGUCCUCUUAACCUCAGGAACCAGCUUCGUCAUCAAUUCUUUUAACAAAUCGAUACAUACUCUGCUUAAUCCCUAAACAAAUUUAAGAUUCACCUAGCCCCGAGUCCAGGAAGAUGUUCUUAACAAAAUUUCUACCAAGGGCUUGUACUGGGACAUUAAAUUACUUGGAAAAUCAGCAACACGUUGCAGGAUUUGUUAAAUUAACACUUCUCAUAAAUUAGCAGAAUAAAAAGUUCUGGGGAGCUGGUAUUUGAAGGCAAAAAAGCCACCUCUGAGCCUGGAAGUGGUUCAGCAUCCCUUUCCUUAACCGUUCUAAGCUUGUUAGAGAAAUCACACCACAUGGGAACAAAUGGUAUUUAUCACCCUUAAAAACCUUUCCCUAAAUGCUCAUUAUAUUUAAUGAUAAAAGGCAAGUAGGAGAUGAGUCAUGAAAAAAUAGGGUGAAAUAUUGCAGUGAGUUUUUUGGGGUUUUUUUGAGACGGUCUCACUAUGUAAUUGAGACUGACCUGGAACUAUGUA